AUGUUUAUUGAAAAGAACGUGCUGGGGAGAACCCAGCCCUCACACCUCGGGGACUGGGGAGCUGGCCGUCUGGAGCGGAGAGCCCUGCCAGAUAAGUUCAGCCAUUUCCACUUCAUAAAAAUUCCAGACUCGGACAGAAGAAACCAGACGGGCACGUAUGAAUUUCUUCUCAUGGGCCUCUCUGAGCACCCAGAGCAGCAGCCUCUCCUGUUUGGGCUCUUCCUGGGCAUGUACCUGGUCACCGUCUGGGGGAACCUGCUUAUCAUCCUGACCAUUGGCUCUGACGUGCACCUCCACACCCCCAUGUACCUCUUCCUGGCCAACCUGUCCUUCUCUGACAUUGGUUUUAUCUCUACAGUCAUUCCCAAGAUGCUCAAUAAUAUUGGCUCAGGAAGUAGACGGAUUUCUUAUGGUGGGUGCCUGACACAACUCUAUUUCUUUGGCCUGUUUGCAGACCUGGACAACUUUCUCCUGGCUGUGAUGGCACUGGAUCGCUAUGUAGCCAUUAGCCAACCUCUCCAUUAUGCCAUUACCAUGAACUCCCAACGCUGUGUCCUGUUGGUGGCUGGGUCAUGGGUGGUCACUACCUUCCAUGCCCUAGUGCACACCCUCCUGGUGACCAGGCUUUCCUUCUGUGGCCCCAAUGUCAUCCCCCACUUCUUCUGUGAUCUGGUCCCACUCCUAAAGCUGGCCUGCUCCAGCACUUAUGCCAAUGACCUGGUGCUCAUCCUUGUGGCAGGAACACUGUUAAUUGGACCCUUUGUCUGCAUCCUUAUGUCUUACUUUUACAUUGCAUUGGCUAUCCUAGGAAUCGAUUCCCCAAAGGGUAAGCAAAAGGCUUUUUCCAAUUGCACCUCACACCUCUCUGUGGUCUCUCUGUUUUACACCACAGCUAUUGGGGUCUAUUUAUGCCCUCCAUCAUCCCCUUCAGGUGGAAAGGACCGAGUCUUCUCAGUAAUGUACACGGUGGUGACCCCUAUGUUGAACCCCUUCAUCUACAGCCUGAGAAACAGGGAUAUAAAGGGGGCACUGGGGAAAAUACUCAAAAGAAACAUGUUUAACACUCUUUCUUGGGACUGA